AUGAACAGGAAUAUCAAUACUGCGAAGAUCUGCCUGUGGAGGAAAGAUGUCGCCCACCGAAGGGCUUCCAAACUGCUCGCAUCACAGCAUGUACUGAGACGAAAAUCCACCACCGCCACCGCCUCUGGCCCCCUAUCAGGCAUCCGCAUCCUAGACUUCACCCGCGUCCUCGCCGGCCCCUUCUGCACCCAACUCCUCUCCGACUACGGCGCCACCGUCAUCAAAGUCGAAGCCCCCGAUACUGGCGACGGGACCCGUGCGUGGCAGAACCCCGGCGAAUCCGCUUGCUGGAAACCCGAUACGGGGCCGAUGUCGUUUUUCUUCGCAGCGAUCAACAGGGGCAAACGCAGCAUUGUGCUCGACCUCAAGAAGCCCGAGGGAGUGGAAGCGGUGCACCGGUUAGUGGAAAACGCGGGUAUUGACGUCGUUAUAGAGAAUUUCGUCCCAGGCACGGCGGAGCGGUUGGGGAUCGGGUGGGAGAUUUUGAGCAAGUUGAACCCUAGGCUGGUGUAUGCGUCGCUCUCCGGGUACGGGGAUACUGGACCCUACGCGAAGAGGGCGGGCUACGACGCCAUCGCCGCCGCGGAGGCGGGGUUCAUGCAAGUUACCGGCCACCCUGGCGCGCCGCCCGUGCGGGCUGGGUUGGGGAUGACGGAUAUGGCGACGGGACUGUACUUGCACGGGGCGAUUGCGGCGGCGUUGUAUAGUCGGGAGCAUACGGGACGGGGGCAGUUCAUUAGCGGGAGCCUGUUUGAAAGUCAGAUCUCGAUGUUGGUUAAUGUCGGCGUAAAUUGGCUGAACCGCGGGAUCGAAGGGCAGAAGCACGGUGCGGCGCAUCCGUCAGCCGUGCCGUAUAAUGCGUGGGAGUGUCGGAAUGGGAUCUGGAUGGUCGUGGCGGCGAACAGCGAGCAGCAGUACCGGAUUCUGUGUCGGAAGAUUGGCCGGGAGGAGUUGAUCCAGGACGAGCGGUUUCGGACGAACGCUCUGCGGGUACAGAAUCGGGAGGAGAUGGAUCGGGUACUAGCGGAUGUCUUUGUUACGAAGAGUUCGGAUGAGUGGGUGGAGGUGUUUGAGGGGUCGGGGUUGGCGCAUGGGCCGGUGAAUACUAUUGAGAGGGCGUUCCAGCAUCCGCAGAUUGAGGGGAGGGAUAUGGUACUGCCGAUGGAAUGGGAUGCGCUGGAGAGUGGGAGGUGGAAGGGUAUCGGACCUGCUGUGAAGUUUAGCGAGACGAAGGCUGGUGUGCAGCGGAUGCCGCCGCGGUUGGGUGAGCAUACGGAGGAGGUGUUGAAGGAGGCUGGCUAUAGUCCGGAAGAGAUUAAGAAAGUCAGAUCUUGA